AUGUCAUCCUCAUCAAGUGAUGAAGUUGAUGAAGCUAUAGAAGAAAUGGUCGACGAAGUAGUUGAUAAUUACAUCGACUCAAUAGUUGAGGUCCAAGGUAAGAAGCCAAAAAGACGUGCUUAUAUCGACAGAGAUCGGGAACAAGGACACAAUCAACUAUGGAACGAUUAUUUCAAAGAAAAUCCUACAUACCCACCGGAAAUGUUUAGGAGGCGUUUUCGAAUGAACAAGCCAUUGUUCCUUCGCAUUGUCGAACGUAUAAGUAAUGAAGUUCCAUACUUUCAGCAAAGACGAAAUGCUCACGGGAGGAACGGGCUAUCUGCACUUCAAAAGUGUACGGCAGCUAUACAAUUGUUUGGAAAUGAGUAUCUACGAAAACCUACAGCCGAAGAUCUUCAACGCUUACUCGAUGUUGGAGAGGUACGGGGGUUUCCGGGGAUGAUAGGCAGCAUCGACUGCAUGCAUUGGGAGUGGAAAAACUGCCCAACGGCUUGGAAAGGUCCUAAAGCCGAGAAAUUUGCAGAAAAGCAAGAAUCCGCCAGAAAAGAUGUCGAACGGGCUUUUGGAGUAUUGCAAUCGAGGUUUGCAAUUGUUAAAAACCCAGCUCUCCAAUGGGACAAGGAGAAGAUAGGAAAGAUCAUGAGAACUUGUGUCAUAUUGCACAAUAUGAUAGUAGAGAACGAACGACACGGAUACGCUCAAAUUGAUACUUCUGAGUUCGAGUCCGGAGAAUCAAGCAGAACUUCGAGGGUGACAAGGAGAGAAAGCAUUCAUGUCGGUGAUAUGUUAGGCAUGCGCAGAGAAGUUCGAGAUCCAGAGAAGCAUGCUCGUUUGAAAGCUGAUUUGAUGGAAAAUAUAUGGCAAAAGUUCGGUGAUGAAGAUGAAUAA